GGACUAGUAGUGUGCAGUCACCGACUAGCAGCCAGGACGUAUCGUAUGCGAUCGCCGAACACCGGGUGCCACCAUGUCGAAUGCGACCGCGGCGAUGUCGUCGCCGGACUCGACCACCGCUGGCAAGUCCCCCUCGUUCCUGAUCCUGGCCAUGCUCACCGUCGGCGUGUGCGGAAACCUGUUGGCCCUGUUCGUCCUUAGCAGGAUCCGUAACAACUUGGACCGGCGACACAAGUUCCUGCUGCGUUGCCUGGCCACCAACGACUGCGUGGCUGUCGCCGGCAUGCUGGCCGCGACCAUCGUAAGGACCGCGUGGCCGCAGACUGUGAAUAAUGUGUGGACGUGCCGGCAGAUCGUGCUGUGGCGGUUCUUCGGGUUGGGCUCCGGUUGCGUGGCUGUCCUGAUGGCCGUUGAACGGUGGCUGGCCAUCACCCGGCCGUUUUUCUACCAAAAGUACAUAACAGAAAGCAUAUUAAAACGAAUAACGAUUGUGCUCUGGUUAACUGUAUUAUGUCUAGUUUGUGCGCCCUUCUUCGGGUUCGGUAUCUAUUGGAAUGAUAAUUUGAAGAAGUGUAGCCGUAUUCGUGAUGCUAAAGAAUCUUUGGACGUGAUUUACGCUUACGUGUUCUUCAGCUUUGGUGUAGUACUGUGUAUCGUGAUAACCUGCUCAAAUUUGGAUGUGAUAAUAGCACUGUGUACGAAAGAAAGGAACAAUCACAUUAAUCUUAACAAAGUCAAUGCUGAUACGAGCAGUGGAGCAUUGGUUCGUAAUGUGGACCGCAAUAAUGAAGAAAGAUUGUUCAGUUGGCUCAUGUUAUUCUUGUGUGUUUCGUUCGUCGUAUGUUGGCUCCCACAACUGCUGUCAAUUCCGCUAGCUCAAUUUUUUCAAAAUGCAGCAAAGCUGAAUGUGUUCUAUAAAAUUGCUGACUUGUUGUUGGUGCUACAUUUCUCGUUGGAUCCUUACUUGUACGUACUACAACAAUGGAAGCUGGUCAGAUCUACUUUAACAUGGUCAAAGUACACAAGAAACAACACCGUUAGUGAUUCCAGCGUAACGAGAGCAUCGUUAGUUUGAAUACGUUUACAGAUAUGGCAAAAAUGCAUUCUUACAUUAAUUUACGAUUGAUGUUUGUUAACCAAAAAACAGUGUAUAAUAGUCAGCUUAUUUUGAUUGCAAAAUUUAGUAUCUUAAAAAAUGCUCAAACAUUUAACAUAAAUCAAGUUGUGUCAUUAUUUGAUUAGAUUACAGUUAAGUUUGAUAACAUCUUUUAGGGUUGCAGUUUUUCAUAUAGUCCUUUUCAAUAAGUUGUCGAAAAGUGUUAGACAAAAAGAUUUGUAUUUAUCUUUUUUUUAUAAAUAAUUUCUUAUGAUUAAAAUCGCUAGAUAGUCAGUAAGUUAUUAACAUAAUGUUAUUUUAAAACAUUGAUAUUUAUUUACGUAGUAUUAUAUUAUAUAAUUUUA